UUUUCGUUUCUUUUGCGUUAAUAUAGCUUGUUUAGGCUCUUCAUUUUGUUUAUGCUUGGUGCUAGUGUGUGCUUUGUAUUGAUAUAUUUUGCUUGACUGAUUAUAUAUUUUAAGCUAUUCUCUCUCUCUAUUUUCUGUAGUUUUCUGCUGUGUGCACGUGGUUAUGGGUUGUUCUUUGUAGAUUCCCCUUUUCCUCGGGUUUUGGCAUGCAUAUGCUUACUUCAAAAGAGAAAAUGAGAGAGAUCUGAAAUAAUUUGUCCAAUUGCCUUCUUUGACUGGAUUUUAUUUUACUUAUUUUCUAAUUUUUUGUAGGAGAUAUGCCUUUUUUUGUCUCUUCUCAAGGUGAUAUAUGGUUUAACUUAUAUUUUUACUCGAGUCAUUUCUCUUCUUUUUUUUUUAAAUUUUUACUGCAAUUUGUUUUGCUUUUCUGAUCUGAAAAUUUAAUGUACUGUUUUGGCUUUUGUUUACUUACUAUUUUUUUAAAGAAAAAAAUCUUUUUUUUUGGUUAAAGUUUUAAAGAAUAUGUUAUUCAUGGAUAUGCUAGCGAAAAAUCAGUUCAUGGAGGAAAUUGUUCUGAUUCAUAGGGGUUUACUGGUUUUUUCCUUCUCUGCUUUUGUAGUCUAUGUCUCUGACCUGAUAAAAUUAUUUUACUUUCCUCGAAUUCAAAAAAAAAAAAUUUUACUUUUCACUCAGGGAUUCCACAUAAUUGAGUUUUAUUUUUUACAACCUUUUACCCUAUUCACCCUUUGCUCUCAGUUUCAUCGCUGACAUAUCACAAUCAAAUAAAUAUUUUCUUGUUCUAUUUUAGAGUUACUCUACUGAUAAAACUAAUUUGCAAUUACUUUAAAAUAGGUCUUCAUGCCUUCAUAUGGCAUUUUUUUUUUGGGGCCUUUAAUAUAUUGGACUUGUUUGAAAAAUCAGUAUUUAUUGAGUCUUUUGUUAAUCAUUUGUGGGUAGGUUUUGUUUGGAAUUCCCUUUUCUGGGUCUAAGUGGAUCUAUUUCUCUUUUACUUCUAAUAUUACAAAUGAUUGGGAGGAAGCGCUGGUUAACAAUCUAAAUCACUUGAGGAAGGCAGCUCCUGUUCAGCUGUCUUAGUCCUUCAAAUUUUCAGCUCUAAGAGGUCUUCCAUAGCUUUAUGAUGCCCCAUCUGAUGAAAUUUAAUCGGCUAUUCAUUGUUGAGAGACCCACACUACAACAAGGGGCUUGCAUUCUCGGAGAAAGAGAGGGAUGCCCACUACUUGCGAGGUCUUCUCCCACCAACUUGUGUCACUCAAGAGCUUCAGGAAAGGAAACUCAUGCAAAACCUCCGCCAAUAUCAAGUUCCUUUGCAAAAGUACAUGGCGAUGAUGGAUCUUCAGGAAAGGAAUGAAAGGCUAUUCUACAAGCUUCUCAUUGAUAAUGUGGAGGAACUACUGCCAGUUGUGUACACACCUACUGUUGGUGAGGCCUGUCAGAAAUAUGGGAGCAUAUUCAGGCGGCCACAGGGUCUCUAUAUCAGUCUGAAAGAGAAGGGCAAAAUUCUUGAGGUUUUGAAGAACUGGCCUGAGAAAAGUAUUCAGGUCAUUGUUGUAACUGAUGGAGAGCGUAUUUUGGGCCUUGGAGAUCUCGGAUGUCAGGGUAUGGGAAUUCCUGUUGGAAAACUUGCAUUGUACUCUGCACUUGGAGGAAUUCGCCCAUCUGCUUGCUUGCCUGUCACAAUUGAUGUGGGAACAAACAACGAGACAUUGUUGAAGGAUGAGUUCUAUAUUGGGCUGAGACAGAAGAGAGCAACUGGCCAGGAAUAUAGGGAUCUCUUGCACGAGUUCAUGUGUGCUGUUAAGCAAAACUAUGGCGAGAAAGUGCUCGUACAGUUUGAAGAUUUUGCUAACCACAAUGCGUUCGAUCUAUUGGCAAAGUAUGGCACAACCCAUCUGGUAUUCAAUGAUGAUAUCCAGGGCACAGCAUCGGUGGUCCUAGCAGGACUUGUUGCUGCAUUGAAGUUGAUUGGUGGAACUUUGGCUGAGCACACUUUCCUGUUCCUUGGUGCUGGAGAGGCUGGUACUGGAAUUGCGGAGCUGAUAGCUCUUGAGAUGUCAAAACAGACAAAAAUCCCAGUUGAAGAGGCCCGGAAGAGGAUCUGGCUUGUGGACUCAAAGGGAUUGAUUGUUAGUUCUCGUAAGGAGUCACUCCAACACUUCAAGAAGCCAUGGGCUCACGAGCAUGAGCCCAUCAACAGUCUCCUAGAGGCAGUCAAGUCAAUCAAGCCGACCAUAUUAAUAGGAUCCUCUGGGGCCGGAAAGACUUUCACAAAAGAAGUGAUUGAGGCCAUGGCCUCUUUCAAUGAGAAACCUGUUAUUCUUGCCCUCUCGAAUCCAACCUCACAGUCUGAGUGUACUGCUGAAGAGGCAUAUAAGUGGAGUCAGGGCCGUGCCAUAUUUGCCAGUGGCAGCCCAUUUGAUCCUAUCGAAUACAAUGGGAAGACUUAUUACUCUGGCCAGGCAAACAAUGCAUAUAUCUUCCCAGGUUUGGGCCUUGGGCUGAUCAUCUCUGGUGCCAUCCGCGUUCAUGAUGAUAUGCUCCUCGCUGCCUCGGAAGCACUGGCAAAGCAGGUUACUCAGGAGAACUAUGACAUGGGGCUGCUAUAUCCUCCAUUUUCAAACAUCCGCAAGAUAUCGGCCCACAUUGCCGCAAAUGUUGCCACCAAAGCAUAUGAGCUCGGAUUGGCCACUCGCCUUCCUCGACCUGAAAAUCUGGUGGCCUAUGCAGAGAGCUGUAUGUACAGCCCUGUGUACCGAAGCUUCAGAUAAAUCAAACAAAUCAGUUUUGCACCCUUUUUUCUUGUCUUUUUGUUAUUUUAUUUUCUUUAGGAUAGGCAACGUCAAGAACGGUAAUGCUUUGUUUGUUUUGCCUUUGUUUUGGUUCUUUUUUAUUUUUAAUUUUAUUUUUUUUAACUUUAUUCAAUUUUGAGUUCAUGUAGUUUUUAUAUGUAAUAUUUAUGGGUGGUGGUGAUGAAAACUCCAGUAUAUGCUUGUUUCUUCUUCUCUAUUGAUUCAUUAAGGAGGUGGUAUUUAACCUGUUUGAUCUCAA